UGGCAUUCAGAUCCACCCUCGACGGUCUCGUCGCAAAGUGGUCCAAGAUUCGGAACCGAGAUCGCCGGCACCUAACCGGGCUUCGGGCGUUCAGACGACGUCGGAUUGGAUCCGACAAUCGUCGUUACGUCAGCUUCGUUUCGAUUUGGUCGUGCGUAGUAUUGCGCGUCCGAAUCGAAUCACCACCACCACAAUUCAUUUAUCUCCCCGCAAGAAGCCAAAGCUCCACCCACCGCCGCUGCCGCCGCCGCUGCCGCCGCCUUCGCCUUCGCCGUCCCCGCCCCCGCGUGCCAUGUUUGCAUAGCCGGAGGAAUUUCCUGAGGGAAGGAUUCGGGGGUUGAUAGAUGACGCGGCCAUCGGAGAAGUUCUCGAUGGAUUUCGCGAUGGGCGGGGUGGCCGCCGUGAUAUCGAAGAGCGCCGCCGCUCCCAUCGAGAGGGUGAAGCUCCUGCUGCAGAAUCAGGGGGAGAUGAUGAAGCGGGGUCACCUGAGGCGGCCCUACCUCGGCAUCGGCGAUUGCUUCGGGAGGGUCUUGAGGGAGGACGGUUUCCCGUCGUUCUGGAGAGGCAACCAGGCCAAUGUGAUUCGCUAUUUCCCAACUCAGGCUUUCAACUUCGCAUUUAAAGGUUAUUUCAAAAGUUUCUUGGGCCGUUCAAAAGAGAAGGAUGGAUAUAUAAAGUGGUUUGUUGGAAAUGUAGCCUCGGGAAGUGCCGCUGGAGCUACCACAUCACUGUUGCUGUACCACUUGGAUUAUGCACGGACGCGACUGGCAACUGAUGCUAGAGAUGGUCCAGUUCGUGGUCAACGCCAGUUCAAGGGAUUAGUUGAUGUAUAUCGCAAAACUCUAUCCACUGAUGGAAUGGCAGGUCUUUACCGUGGAUUUGGUGUUUCAAUUGUGGGAAUUACGUUGUAUCGUGGCAUGUAUUUUGGGAUCUAUGACACGAUGAAGCCUAUUAUUUUGGUUGGUGCUUUAGAGGGGAAUUUCAUUGCUAGCUUCUUGCUCGGUUGGAGCAUUACGACAGUCUCUGGAGUAUGCGCUUAUCCCUUCGACACUCUAAGGCGAAGAAUGAUGCUCACAUCUGGACAGCCCGUCAAGUACCGAAGCACUGUGCAUGCGUUUCAGGAGAUUGUCCAACGUGAAGGUCUGAGGGCCCUCUAUCGAGGAGUCACCGCUAAUAUGCUUCUUGGUGUGGCAGGUGCUGGAGUUCUUGCAGGCUAUGAUCAGCUUCAGAGAAUCGCUUCUGGACGCAGUUAUUCUUAUGAGCCGCACCGGAGCGUUCUGAAGUGAAAGUUGUAAGAAUAUGGAUACAUACAUCAUUCUUAAGCUCCUGUUUAUCUCAACGGAUCAUGUACAAAGAAUCGAAAUGAAGGAGAUAGCUCCCUCAACUGUACAGUGUAAUUAUUUGAUUUAUGAAAUUCAUUAGAUGAUCAAUAGGAUGAAUGAAAACUCAAAAUUUAAAAGAGUUUGUUAAUGAGUAUCUCA